UUCUCGAAUGAAAGGAUCCAUUUACUCAUCCUUCCUGUUUCGUGUCUCUCCCUUCGGAUUGUCCUUGUUCAUCGGUAGACAAUCCGAAUCCAGCACUAACCCAGAAGCUACGGAAGCCGAAGAGGACGAUAAACUGAAAGGAAAUGACGAGGAGCGGAAACCCAUAAACCCCUACAAGCUUAAAUCACCAAAAAUUGUCCUUGAUAUCCUUUUAUUGACCAUCCUUGCAAACCCAGAUUUCAAUUCGCACAAAACCCUUCAAUUUUCUGUCAAAUUCAGAGGUAAUUAUCUGAUUCUCUGCUAAUUUGAUUACUAGACGAACCGUCUAGGGUAUAGUUUCGUGAGUUGAAGUCAUAUCAAUUUUUUUUUUUUUGAAUCUGGGGUUUCGUUUAAUUCAAUGAAACCCCAGGCUCCUUUUUAAUAUCUGGGAUUUGGUUGUCUUUUGAGGAUAAUCAAUUAGAGAUGAAAGGGUUUAACAGCGUUUAUGGUGCAAAAAGCCCCAAAAUUCGCGGGGUUUUCAAUGGACUAUCUGCGUUGGUGUUGUUUUUCAUAUUCUACAACCGGGUAGAUGUAUUGAGGAAUCCUCUCUUGAAGCAAUCUGCCUUGUUUAUUCAUCAAAAUUCAGCUCAAAGAGCUAAUUAUGCUGAUCAGUUUAAUCGCGUUAGGGUAUCCCACCGACAAAUGAUGGAAGUUGGCACUAAUUCGACUAGUUUAGCAAAUGGGGCGGAUCAAAACAAUUUGACUGCGGUUAAUCCCUCAUUUUGUACUGGUUUUCAAGAUCAUGUCGGUUAUGCUAGCCAAUGUGAGUUCUUACAAGCUCACCUUGAAUGUUCUGCGGGUGGGUUCUUUGAUUACGUGAAGUUUAUUUACUGUGAUUGCAGAGACUUUAGUGUUUUGGGUUAUCUUGUGCUGGGUAUUUGGCUUGCUGCAUUGUUUUAUCUGUUGGGUAAUACUGCAGCCGAUUAUUUUUGUUGUUCAUUGGAGAAACUUUCGACUCUUUUGAAGUUGCCUCCAACAGUUGCUGGGGUUGCUCUUCUACCACUUGGGAAUGGAGCACCAGAUGUGUUUGCAAGUAUUGCUGCAUUUUUGGGGACGGACACUGGUGAUGUCGGUCUUAAUAGUGUAUUGGGCGGUGCAGUUUUUGUUACUUGUGUUGUUGUUGGAACAGUUUCUUUGUGUGUUGCGGAUAAGGGAAUUCAGAUCGACAGGAAAUGUUUCAUCAGGGAUGUCUGUUUCUUCCUGUUCACACUCUUGUCAUUGUUGAUGAUUUUGGUAGUUGGUAAGGUAAGUGUUGGAGCAGCAAUUGCUUUUAUAUUGAUUUAUGUGGUUUACGCAUUUAUUGUUGCUGCAAACGAGAUUUUGAGGAAACAAGCUCAUAGGUUUAAGUUGGAUGCUGUUACACCGUUGCUUCCUGUCAGAGGAAGUGUAUUUUCCCGACAAAGGAGUGAGGAUGAUGUUUCCGUAUAUAGCUCCCUGCUUGGUCUUGAGACAGAAAGUGAUCCACCCCAACUCCACACUUCCUUGCCACAAUGGAUGUGGGCUUCAAAUGUGGCAAUAUACUCAAACCUUGCAAUGAAGGUCAGUUCGCUAGAGGAUGAAAGGCCCCCGUGGGGCUGGACUGAUGGGGAAAUGGAAUCCAACCAGCCAAUUUUCUCAUGUAAUAGAUUAAUUUAUCUGAUUGAGAUGCCACUGACAGUGCCUAGACGAUUGACAAUCCCAUUAGUUGAGGAGGAAACAUGGUCAAAGCUAUAUGCUGUAGCCAGUGCGUCAUUGGCUCCCAUCCUCCUCGCUUUUCUCUGCAAUAGCCAAGACAACGUGGGCUCUCAAAGCAGAAUGGUUGUGUAUUUUUUCGGUGUUGCAGUCGGAUGCACCCUUGGAGGACUUGCUCAUUGGCACACUGUAGCUGACCACCCACCCCAGAAGUUCUUGAUCGCAUGGGUUCUAGGGGGAUUUUUAAUGAGUAUUGUAUGGUUCUACAUGAUUGCAAAUGAACUUGUUGCUCUAUUGGUGGCAUUCGGCGUAAUGUUAGGGAUUAACCCAUCCAUCCUUGGGUUAACUGUAUUAGCAUGGGGUAACUCAAUGGGUGAUUUGGUCUCAAAUGUUACACUGGCGAUGAAUGGUGGAGAUGGUGUGCAGAUUGCCUUUUCUGGAUCCUAUGCAGGUCCCAUGUUCAACACACUUGUUGGUUUAGGUAUCUCAUUGCUUCUCGCGGCCUGGGCAGAGAGUCCGGUUUCAUAUGUGGUUCCACGGGACAAUAGCUUGUUUUAUACCAUGGGGUUUCUAAUGACAGGGCUAAUCUGGGCUUUUGUCAUUUUACGCCAGAAUGACAUGCGCCCUACCAAGAUAUUAGGAACGGGGCUUAUAAGUCUCUACUUGAUAUUUCUUUCUUUCAGGUUGAGUUGUGUGAUGGGAUAUAUAUCGGUGGCUGGAUUAAGUUGUCAUCAGUGAGUUGCUGCCAUUGUUCUUAAGACAUUAUGUACAUGUAUGUUCUGAACAGAAAACUAUUAGGCCAUUUUCCUUGUAAACUCUUACUGUUCAUACAAUUGUAUAAGCACUUACUGUUUUAUUUGGUUCUGUUAGUAUUUACUUAUAUUUUCUUGAGUUUCUCCUAGUAAUUCAAUCUUCACAGAUGGGGCGGCUUAUUAUGA